AUGAACGGUUUAACCGUACUCAUAACUGGUGGCGCGGCUGGUUUAGGUCUUGCUUGUGCUAAACGUUUUGCUCGACAUGGUGCUCGUGUCAUCAUUUGCGAUUUACCAUCAUCUAAAGGCAGUGACAUCGUUGAUAAAUGGCCAUCAAUAGUUUCGUCUUUUGCCAAUACAGAAUUGAAUGAGCCUGAAAGUCAAUUGACGUCACGCUUAAAUGAUGAUAAAAGUACUGUGAAAAUUCCAUUAUCAAAUAAUUCAACAACGGAUCAAAAUAUUAAAUUAGAAACGCCUACAUUUUUUCCUGCUGAUGUAACCAGUGACGAGCAAAUACAUGCAAUGUUUAAUGAAAUCAAACAACAACAUAAAAGACUUGAUGUUGUAGUCAAUUGUGCUGGCAUUGGCAUAGCUCGUCGCACAUAUAAUAUAAAUAAACAUACUAUGCAUAAUCUCGAUGAAUUUAAACGUAUACUCGAUAUAAAUGUAUCAGGAACAUUUAAUGUUAUACGUUGGGGAUGCCAUAUGAUGUCUGAUAAUCAACCGAAUGCUCAAGGGCAACGAGGUGUUAUUAUAAAUACAUCAUCGAUUGCAGCUUAUGAUGGCCAAAUAGGACAAGUAGCAUAUGCAGCAUCGAAAGGUGCUGUUGUUUCGAUGACGUUACCAUUAGCGAGAGAUCUAUCCAGCAUGGGCAUAAGAGUUUGUACUAUAGCUCCUGGCCUUUUUCAUACACCAAUGCUUGCUGCUUUGCCAGAGAAAGUUCGAGUUUUACUGGGUAAUAUGGUGCCUUUUCCAAGAAGACUUGGACAAUCUGAUGAUUUUGCAAGUUUAGCACAAAUGAUUAUUGAAAAUCCGUAUCUUAAUGGUGAAGUUAUUCGACUCGAUGGAGCACUUCGCAUGCCACCUUAA